AUGGAAGUUUGGUUACCAGUGGAAACUGCUUCAGAAUUACUAGUUUCCAAUCUCGGAUGCAUCAAAAAUAAUAAAGAAAUAAGCCUUUCGUUAAUUAUAUCAACGGCAUCAAUGCGAAAUCGGGCUAAUAACUUAGAAUGGAUAACUCCUAAAGAGAAGUAUUUCGGAAUCCUGGUUGUGGUAGUUCUAGAAAAUUGUAUAAAUCUGAAUACUGAUGGAGGAUGGUGUUGGAUGUACAGUCACAUAGGAAAAGAUCCUGAUGAAGAAUGGAGAGCUUGA